AUGAUUGAGCUCCAUGAAGAUCACUCUAUUGCAUUACCUUAUGGCGGUCUCAUUACGAAGAUUUUGCACCCCACUUUGCCAAAAAUUGCUGCAAAUGAACAUAUGGAAGCUUCUGAAGAUUGUGUGUUGAAGCUUCGUUCCGGGGAUGACCAGAUAACGGGUGCACUCAAGAGCUUUCAGAAUGCACGUUAUGCGGUGGCUAGCAAUCAGAUUUUAGUUGCUCUCAAUUCUGCCCGGCAUUUUGGUUCUGUAUACAAAAGAGUUCUUUCUAGCAAUGGAGCAAUUAUUGCAGUUAAAGUGUUAAACCUUCAACAACGAGGAGGUUCCAAGAGUUUCAUUAAUGAAUGCAAUGUUUUGAGAAGUUUACGACAUCGUAAUCUCCUUAAGGUUAUCACUGCUUGCUCAAGUAUUGAUCAUCAAGGGAACGACUUUAAGAGUCUAGUUUUUGAGUUCAUGUCUAAUGGAAGCCUAGACGAGUGGCUGCAUGCUAUAGAGGAUGAGCAACAUCAAUGCAAGAGAUUGAGCUUUAUUCAAAGACUGGACAUAGCCAUGGAUGUUGCUUAUGCAUUACAAUAUCUUCAUCUCCAUUGCCAAACACCGAUUAUUCACUGUGAUUUAAAGCCAAGCAAUGUCCUCCUCAAUGAAGAUAUGGUAGCCCAUGUUGCUGACUUUGGAUUAGCAAAGUUCAUCAUUGAGGCAUCACAUAAUCCCUCCAAAACUCAAAGUAUGUCAGACUUUUCAGUUGCAUUGAGGGGUUCCAUCGGGUACAUUCCUCUAGGUUUGUUUUCAACCAAUAAUUCAAUUCAGGCUAAAGUAUGA